GGCGCCACCCAAGGUAAACAAACACCCAUGAUGACUCAGCGGUGGUAGUGGCCGAGGCAGGGAGCACCACAGUCACUCUCCAACUAUCAUUAAUAUUUAACAUUUAAGUCGUCCUUGAAGACCAUGGCCGGAGACAGCAAACAGAUGCCAAAGUUGGACCUUCAGCGAGACUCUAUAAAGCUCAGCCAGCCACAGCUUGACUAUAUGAGGAUUGUUGAGAACCAAAACCUGGAGCGGGUACAAAAGUUGGCCAGAAUGAAGCGCAACAAUAUCUGGGUCGGCUCCAUGUUGGGUCUGGGAGUCCUUGGCAUCUACGGUUACUCCAUCUACUCCGUCAAGCAGGAGAAGUUCCUCGACGAGCUGGAUUAACAACCGACCCCCCCCCCACACCAGAAGGUCGUCUCUACACAAUGACGUUCACGAUAAGUCAUUUCUAGUUGAUAGGAGCUGAAGAUGAGGAUACAUUUGGAGGCAUCUAGUUCUGGGUACAUUCAUGUGUUUAACAUUUUAUGGUGUUGAGUAGGAACAUUUUGAGUUCAUAUUGAGCUUAACAAAGGGUAAAUUAAUAUGUAGUUUGGGCAUUGGAUUGUAUUUUUAUUUCUUAAUUUUUAAGGAUCGUGGGUCUGUGAAGUCUAGCUGUGUGUGUGUGUGUGUGUGUGUGAACAGUUAAGAUGCCUGAAAGACACUACGCCAUAUAGGUGUAUCAUAUGUUUGGUGCAUCAGCUGUUUCAUGCCAUUAAGUUAUGCAUGAAUGAGGAAUGGUGGAGAUGCAAUGAUGAUGAUAAUGAUGUACACACACAGUGAUGACAAUGAUGUACACACACAAUGAUGUACACACAAUGCUGACAAAAGAAUAAAUCCCUUGAAUCUAGGUCAUAAUAACACCCACCAUUGAAAAAAUUUAUUCAAGGUUCAUACCAAGAAAUUCAACUCAGAUUUUCAUAACUUCACACAUUAAUCUUAAACUCUUCACUAAGGAAUAAGAGAAUAUAUAUAAUUAUGGUAGAGUUUCGGCAAAAGAUUAGUACCAUUUUGGAUAUGAAUUUUUCUGUAGGUGAUGCACACGACUUUGAAAAUCCCACCGCUACCAUAACUUCCUUUGGUGGUGUGGUGUUGAGGUCAUGGUGAUUGGAGACAGAGAUGACAGUUAACUGGUGUACUGAGUGGUUAACUCUGGGUAGUUAGGUGAGAAUUGACUGGUGUAUUGAAUGGUUAGUAAAAGAUGGCAAAUGACUGGUUAAAUGUCUAGACAGUUAAUUGAUAAGUCACUGGUUACUGAUAUGGACAGUUAAACAAUGGCUGUCAGGUAUAGUGCACAAGUAACUGUGAAAAUCACCCAACCAAUAGUUAUUUGUCUUCAGUACUCAACAACAAUAUUUGCAAUAUAACAAAUUGAUGUUUAAUUGGCUGUUGUCAUAAUGUGGUUGUUUGGUAUGAAUUGACCCGAACUGACCUCCACCAGCCAGCUGUAAAUGAGUAUCAGUUGUGACCUUCAUUAAAAGAUCCAAACACCUGUCUUUCCUGAUAUGUUUUGUCAGGUAUUUGUAAAUAAAUUUUGUUCAUAUUAAAAAGAUAUUUGUCACAUA